GUGUAGAGAACCCAGGAAACUGCAUCAUGGCAGCGAAGCCCAAGCUUCACUACUUCAAUGGACGAGGCCGAAUGGAGCCGAUCCGGUGGCUCCUGGCUGCCGCUGGAGUCGAGUUUGAAGAAGAAUUUCUGGAAACUUCGAAAGACUUGGAAAAGCUAAGAAAUGAUGGGAGUUUGAUGUUCCAGCAGGUGCCAAUGGUCGAAAUUGAUGGGAUGAAGCUGGUGCAGUGCAGAGCCAUUCUCAACUACAUCGCCGCCAAAUACAACCUCUACGGGAAAGACAUCAAGGAGAGAGCCCUGUGCGGUAUUUUUCCUGCUCUUUCAUCAACAAUUGAUAGGAACAAUUUAGGUCCUUCCCUGAGGGAGCAGGACCGUGUCAGGGGGAUCAUGGUCACCAGCAGCGUGGCCUCGGUGGUGUCGACUGAGGUGCAGUACUCGGAGGAUGAGGGACAGGAAACCCGCAGUGGACUCAAGCCAGCGGGAUGA